AUGGAAAAUAUACAGAUUGUUGAGCCACCACAGAUUGGACCAUAUAAGUUUCGUGGCACUGUAGGAGAUGGCGCCUUCUCUGUUGUUAAAUUAGUUAAGAAUAUCGAAAACAAUCAAUAUUAUGCAUGCAAGAUAGUCCCUAAAGCACGUUUAAACACAAUCCAUCUCGAGAAACGUUUCGAAAUUGAAAUAAGGAUUGCACAGCAGAUGCAUCAUCCUGGUAUUGUAGAGCUAUGUGAUCUUUUGAAAGAUGAUAACAACUAUUACGUAAUCAUGGAGUUCUGUCCAAACGGAGAACUAUUCCAGUUCAUUGUUGAUAGGAACAAUCUUUCAGAAGAUGAAGCUAAACCGUUAUUCAGACAAAUCCUCGAAGCCCUCCAAUACGUUCAUUCACAUGGUGUAAGCCACAGAGACCUCAAACCUGAGAACCUCCUUAUCGAUAAUUUGGGUAGAAUCAAAAUUUCGGAUUUUGGUCUCUCAAUUUUCGUUGAUUCUCAGGGUCUUGUGAAAACACCAUGCGGAUCUCCAUGUUAUGCAUCGCCAGAGUGCAUUUCUGGACAACUGUACGAUGGAAUGACUACAGAUGUUUGGAGCGCAGGCGUUAUUUUGUAUGCUAUGCUUACAGGUCAGCUCCCAUGGAAGAAGAGAAAUCAAGCUCAGCUUUUCAAACAAAUUAAAUCAGGAGAUUACACAAUUCCUGACGAAUUAUCCUCGGACGCAACAAAUAUGCUUACUAGACUUCUUACAGUUGAUCCAAAGGCACGAAUAACAAUUGAAGAAGCAUUACAGCAUCCAUGGCUUCGCGGGUGUGACCAGCAAUAUCCUACAGUUCGCCAGAUAACACAUUACGUUAAUAUCAUGAAGGUAGAUUACUUCUUCGAUCGCGUAAUUUCAAACCUCAACCUCAGCGAGAGCCAAUUACUUACACAUUCUUCUCAGAACCUCAGCUUCAACGCGAUGUCGAAGAUGCUCACCGGAUCUGCCCUUCCUAAAAUCAGACAAAAAACGUCGCAAUCUCACGAGCGUCCUACAAGCAAAGAUGUUAAGAAGCAUUCAUCUGCAUUAUCCAGAGUUGUAUCGAGACAGCCAUCUAAAAAGAAGAUUAUUAGCAACUUUCCUAUCAUGAGAACCUCUAUGAAGUCAAUACCAAGAGCUAAUGUACAAAAACCAGCUACAAGACCAAAGAAGAUUGUUGUGUAA